AUGGCAGAAAAACGAGAAGAAAAGUGUUUGGGAACUUGGGAAUUCUUUCUGAAGCAAGCUGAUGACUGUUUUGCAGUUGUCCUGCCUGAUUCACACGUGGUUGGAGCAGACAAAAGUCGCGGGCUCGCGGCGGCGUCAGGGCACUGGGCGCGGGUAAAAGAAAGCUGCUGCCUUUCCUCCGGUUCCUUCCCAGUGCGUGAAGGUGGAGCAGUGGGAGCAACAGCUACCUUGCCGUGUCCUCCUCCUCUUCCUCUCCUCCUGUCGGCAGCAAUCUCCGGGGAAACCGAGCUCCAUGGGCGCCGCAGCCGGGCCGUAGCGCCGGCCGGCAUAAUUAUUGAUUCUCGUGAGGGCUCUCAUUCUAUAACUCAAAGUGAGAUUGUUCUUGCAAAACCCACUGCCAUGGCUGAUGGCAAGUAUGAGCCUGCUGGAGAGGGGUUGCCUGACGGUUGGUUGAAAGAACGCAGACCUAGAAAGAAUCGAUAUGGAUCUAGAAUCAAGGGUGACAUGUUCUAUAUUGACCCAAUCAAUGGAUAUGAAUUUCGCUCUCUUAAGGAUGUGUACCGCUAUCUUGAAUCUGGAGACAUCAGUCAAUGUGUUACGUUGCCAAACAAGAGAAAAAUUGAGGACCUGCAUACUGCAGGGGACCAAUCUGAUCAUACAGGGAAACCGUCAGAUCAUGCACAACCAGAUACAGCUGUUGAGUCUAAUCAAUAUGAUAUACCAAGAGGUACCAACACACUGAGAAAUGUCCAAAGGGAAACUGUUCGAGUUGAAGCUGCAGAGUCCAAGAGCAUCCAAUCAGGCUCGAUAGAACACACUCCAGGGAAAGCUGAAUCUGUUACCAGAGCUGGAACGAAUGUGGAGCAGAAAACAAAGGAAAAGAAACGCAAAACUAAACCCGUCAAAGGGAUUGCUACACCUCUUCGAUCAUCACCUCGUUUAGCUGCACUGAAGAUUAGCCAGGAAGCAAAUAAUAAUACGCCAAGAGAUGAACCUAGCACACAUUCAGACAUCACCAACCAGUCACAAAAAAAGCAAGUCCAAAAACCUGGGCGAAAGGCCAAUUCCUCUGUACUUUCUGAGAUGAAAGAUGGAACACCUACCGCAAGUUCUUCAGAAAAGUUUGAGGACAAAUACCCUUCAGUUUCCAAUCAAGUUCAAGGAGCAUCAGUCCCGUACUCUUCAGGAGGUGUUGGAUGCCACAAUGCUCCAGCUGAGACACCUGUUCUGCUGCAACAAGUUGGACAAGGUGAAACCUCUGAUAAUAUGUCUGGAUCUGCCCUGUCGACGCUAUUUCGACACGUCUGGUCAGAUCCAUGCCUUGUGUUUGCGUUCAGGACUUUGAUGGGUGAUAUUCCUGUUCAUAAUGACACUUUAGCAUAUCGAUCUUCAGCUUAUGAUGGAAAUAGAAACUACUUCAUUCCACCUCAGAACUUGAAUAAAGGGGCCACAACCAACUGGUCCUCUUUGGCUUAUGAUGGUAACAGAAACCAAAUGCAAGUCAAUCAUGUUGGUCUGUCAAUGCCAAGGCCAUCAGAUAAGUUCUGCGGCAGUGGUUGGUUCCCUCCCCAGUGAAUUCCAUCCGGGCGAAUAUCGGAAUAUGCAACAAAGUUCUUACCUCGCUGCCAUCUCAUAUCCUAAUUGUAGUCUUCUUAGCACUAUGUGAGGGAUCUCGACAAGGAUGCCACGUUGGAAUCAAGGCUGCAGCUUGUAACUGUGUAGAGGAUCCAUCACUAAUAAAAGUAAUAUGGCUGUCGCAUGCUUUUCUUGCUCUCAUGGGAUCAGUCUAAUUCACAGAUAAAAGCAAUCGACACUUUCUUUUGUUUGUAUUAUUGUAGCCUUCACUUGUAUCGUUAGAGCAGACUAGAUAUGCUCAUAGUACUAAUACCCCUCCCUGAAUUUGUGGUUGGGGUUGUAAUCUGUCUGAGACCAGCAACUCCAGUGUAUAACUUUUGAUGUGCAUUGCAGCAUUGGACUCAGUUCACGUGGAUUUGGCUCC